GUUAGUUUAUAUUGAACAACACCAGACGCGGUGGUAUGGGUUCAUUCAGAGAAAGGAGGAAACGAAUGCGGGUGGGGCUGAGGAUCAAGCGGCACCGUGAUGGUGAUAAUUAAUCAGUGGAAAAUUGUCUUAUCAUUCCCGUAUUCUAGGUAGAACUUGCAGAAGGAGGCGGGACUAUAACUGGGUGCGACUAGAGGCCAGAGAGAUCAGUCGACGGUGCCCGCACUUACCCCGAGGACUAAAAAUUCUAUCAUGAAGAUGAGGACGUUGCCGGCGCAGUGCGCGCUCUUCGGCAUCCUCCUCAUGAGUUGUUCGAUCGGAAUGGAAUGCGCCUCCUACGAUGUCAGAAGGAUACGUCUUCGAGAGUUGAAUGACCAAACGGUAGCGGAAUCGCGAAGGCGAUCGGUGUUAACCACGUCUCAGCCUAUCGAGAGUUUAGAUUCCGCUGAAAAUCCAGAAGUCCUUGCAGCUGCCGCUUACGAACCUCAGCGGAUGUCCGCUAGUGUAAAAAUACAAAAUACGGUAGCUUCCUCGCCCGAAUCAACCGAUCGCCAAUUUUCCAUACCAAGUGUAAAAUCGAUUGGAAGCACACCCAGGCCAGUAUCUAGAAGAUCGAGGUCCAGAAAUCCAAGCAAUCCUCAGCCCUUCUCUUACGUCGCAGCAGCCAAUACUCCCUUAGGAGCUGAUCCUGCUGGACAAUUUGUAGAAACACCGUCAACCAUAUCCGAGAAAUACUCGCCCGAAGUUGUAACGAAAGAAUAUCGUCGUCGAGUGCCUCCGAAGAAUCAUCCCCGACUGUUUGAUGCAAACGAUCACUUUGCCGAGACAAGACCGAGUCUGCUGACUGCCGACACGAUACUUGCACCGACUGAAAAAUACGUGGAAUUAUCAACCGAUGUCCCAUCAUCACGGAUCAAAGAAGCGAUAACAGAAAAUAGCCCUGAAAUAUUUUCCAAGUACGGUGAUUUUGGACGAAACAUUGAACAUAUACGUUUACCUUUUACACGAGUAACUUCUGAAAUUGUUGCCGAGGAUGAUGUAACGACCGCACCAUUUGUUAACCGAGGAAAUGUUCAGUAUAAGGAAGACGUGACUGAGGAAACAAAAAUUGAGCCUGACUUAUUAUUACUAGAUGAUGAAAAGAGAGCUGACAGAUUCAGCUGGAAAGGGGGAUCCGAUGAUGAGAGUGGCGAAGUUAAUGGGCAUUACGAAAAUGGGGAAGCCAAUGGAGUAGAAGAGCCAGUGGAACCAGCUCAUUUUGAGUAUGCUGGUUUCCGCGGUGAUGAUGAAGAGUUAACUGCAACUCAAGCUGUGGAUUAUAAGGUUCACGAAAAUGCUCAUGAACAUGGAGCAGGUGGAAGUGGCGGAGGAGGUCAUAGCGGAAGCGGACAUGGAGGUGGUGGCAGUGGAGGUCACGGUGGAAGCGGAUAUGGAGGUGGUAGCAGUAGAGGUCAUGGAGGAAGCGGACAUGGGGGUGGUGGCAGUGGACAUGGGGGUGGUGGCAGUGGAGGACAUGGAGGGAGCGGACAUGGAGGUGGUGGCAGUGGAGGUCAUGGAGGUGGUGGCAGUGGAGGUCAUGGAGGUGGUGGCAGUGGAGGUCAUGGAGGAAGCGGACAUGGGGGUGGUGGCAGUGGAGGACAUGGAGGAAGCGGACAUGGGGGUGGUGGCAGUGGAGGACAUGGAGAAAGCGGACAUGGGGGUGGUGGCAGUGGAGGACAUGGAGGUGGUGGCAGUGGAGGUCAUGGAGGAAGCGGACAUGGGGGUGGUGGCAGUGGAGGUCAUGGAGGAAGCGGACAUGGGGGUGGUGGCAGUGGAGGACAUGGAGGAAGCGGACAUGGGGGUGGUGGCAGUGGAGGACAUGGAGGAAGCGGACAUGGGGGUGGUGGCAGUGGAGGACAUGGGGGUGGUGGCGGUGGAGGUCAUGGAGGAAGCGGACAUGGGGGUGGUGGCAGUGGAGGUCAUGGAGGAAGCGGACAUGGGGGUGGUGGCAGUGGAGGACAUGGGGGUGGUGGCAGUGGAGGUCAUGGAGGAAGCGGACAUGGGGGUGGUGGCAGUGGAGGACAUGGGGGUGGUGGCGGUGGAGGUCAUGGAGGAAGCGGACAUGGGGGUGGUGGCAGUGGAGGUCAUGGAGGAAGCGGACAUGGGGGUGGUGGCAGUGGAGGACAUGGGGGUGGUGGCGGUGGAGGUCAUGGAGGAAGCGGACAUGGGGGUGGUGGCAGUGGAGGUCAUGGAGGAAGCGGACAUGGGGGUGGUGGCAGUGGAGGACAUGGGGGUGGUGGCAGUGGAGGUCAUGGAGGAAGCGGACAUGGGGGUGGUGGCAGUGGACAUGGGGGUGGUGGCAGUGGAGGUCAUGGAGGGAGCGGACAUGGGGGUGGUGGCAGUGGAGGUCAUGGAGGAAGCGGACAUGGGGGUGGUGGCAGUGGAGGACAUGGAGGAAGCGGACAUGGGGGUGGUGGCAGUGGAGGACAUGGGGGUGGUGGCAGUGGACAUGGGGGUGGUGGCAGUGGAGGUCAUGGAGGGAGCGGACAUGGGGGUGGUGGCAGUGGAGGUCAUGGUGGAGGUGGUAGCAAUGCCGGUGAAGGUGAUCAUAAAUUCGAGCAUGGAAAUGGUGAGGAACACGAAGAAGAUCAUCACGAGUCCCAUGGUGAAAAGGGAGAUAAGGGCUACAAAGGAUGGCAUGAAUACGACAAGGGCGAAAAAGGUCACCAUGACAAGGAGAAUCACAGUAAGCAUUAUGACGAAAAAAAGGGUGAGGAAAAGAAGCACGAAGCCGAAGGUGGUUACCACGGAGAACAUCAUCACGCUGAAAAGGGAACGAAAGAAGCGAACUUUGGCGAAAAGGGGGAACACAAAAAGGGGCACAACACCAAGGGACAACAUUUCGUUCACAAAAAGGACGAGUACGAAAAAAAGACAGAAUUUUUCGAUGAAUUCCACGAGGACGGUGGGAACGAGAAGGGGGGAGAAUAUCACCACGAACACGAGUCAAAGAAGGGAGGACACGAGAAAGUGGGACACCACGAUGAAGCCGAGCACGAGGAAAAGCAUGGAAAGGAAAAGAAAUACGAAGAAGGACAUCACCACGACGAACAGAAGGGACAUAAAGCGGCCGAGGGACACGGAGAACACCACGAUCACCACCAGAAAUAUGGGAAGAAAGCAGAUCACGCGGAAGGGAAGAAGUGGGCAUUCAAAAAAGGAGACGACGGUGGAUCCGCCGGAGGAUCCGCCGGAGGAGGAGGCGGUCAUCGCUGAAAGAUCCGCCAAAAUUUCUACAGCAACUUAUAAUCCGAAGAAAAAUUUACUCUAAGGAAAAUUCGCAAGCAGUGAUCCAAAUUCGGAUUGUAUAAAAACAAAAAAAAAAAAAAAAGAAAAGAUUCAAUCAUUCGACAUUGGGGUUCUCUACCAUAACUUAUUACCGUUUUCAGACUUCAGGCCAAUACGCUUUCAGCGACGAUACAUCUAUCACCCCUCACAUACUAUAUUCCAUUGUAUCAUACACGCGGUGAUGUGAUCCCCGAAAGAAGUAGUUAUUGUCUUCUUAUACCAACGUGACGUUGAAAUAUAGCACAUGAAAUUGUUAA